CGGUGUUGCGCCUUCUGGGCGCUCAUGAGCACAGACUGCAUUUGCACACAGCCCCGCGAACUCGUCCAAACCCACUUGUCUACCAGAGACGACAGUUGUCUGAAGGAAAGCCAUCUCCGCGCAGUUAUGAUAAUAGGCAAAGAAACGGCACUGGUCAUCAUCUUAUUUUACCGGGCAUCUCUGGCUCAAGAUGACGUGGCUCUGGCCAACGACUACGUGGACCGUGUGCUGGAAAAGAUGCGCAGCGAUCGCGACUUGUUGGCCGCGAUCGACCCGCUCCAGGUGCCGGACGUCGGCGAGAACAGCUUCCAGAUCACGGGCGGCCAGGUGCUCGGCCUGUCCGCCUUCUACCGCUCCGGCAACAGCACGGUCCAGCUGUCGCACGACACAGCCAUCGUGACCACGCCAGCGGCUGUCAACGACGUGUUCUUCACGGGCCGACACCGGGCGUCGCGCUUCGGUCUCACCAUCAGCGGCGACAUCGAGGCUUCGUUGAACCGCGUGUACACGAUCAUCGUCUACCGAGCGCCCAUCAAGGGCGGAGAAGCACGCCUAGAGUACUUUCAGGCCAACAAAGAAAUAACUGGCGAGGGUCGGACGCAUCCGCAGGUGGACAAUAUGGAGGGUCUGAAGGUGACGCGCAUCACGGGCGUGUCGUCGGCCUUCAACUGGCUGCUCAAGAUCGUAGCCAACCGCGUGGCGCGCCACUUCCAGGGACGCAUCGAGGCCGCUCUGCAGGAUGAGGUCUCCAAGUUUAUCGCCACGCAGUUGGACAGAAGCCGCUUUCCAGCACUCUCCGGCAAUGGCAGCAGGGUUUCAACCGAGUCCUUUGCCUACCCCGGCGCACCUUUCUGAAGCUCACCGUGGCGUUUACGCACGAGUUCAUGAAACCUCCAAAU